CCUAACGGAUGAGCUGCAGUUGGGAGGGGGCGGAGCCUAACGGAUGAGCAGCAGCUGGGAGGGGGCGGAGCCUAACGGAUGAGCUGCAGUUGGGAGGGGGUGGAGCCUAACGGAAGCUGAAAGAGAGGAAAACGACACGAAUCCACAGAAAACACAAUGAUGAUCCACUGAAAUAAUAAAACAACACAAAAUGACACAGAACUGAAACGAAACGUUUUUUCUCCAUGUCAGGAUGAAUCAGCAGUUCAGGUAAAACUUCAUCUGGUUUGAAAUAAGAAAAUAAGAUAAAAAAACUGUUUGCAGGAAUUAAACUAUGGAUCAUUAUUUCAUGUUAAAUUCCUUUAUUUUUUCUUAUUAAACUCACUAAUUAUUUCAGAGGAGUUAAUUUUUAGCAGCACAGUUUAGGAACCUUUUUCAUAAUUAAUCCCUGCAGACAGAUCAGCCAUAAAUCUGGAAUCAUACUAAUAUUUAUCAGAGAUAGUAAGAUUUUUUAUGUAUAACAGAAGAAAAUGAAACAUUAAUCUUAGUUUUAUCUCAGUCACACAACAGUUAAUAAACCAAAUGUUUAUUAUUUGAUGUUCCUACUGAUGCUAAGACACUAAAAAACAGGAAAAUACAAAAUCAUCACAUCUGUUAGACAAAAAAAGUUUGUCACUUUAAAUGCCUUUUAAGGAUGGAAAUCAUAAAACACAAACUACCGAUAAAGAAAUGGACGAGUAAUAUUGAUUAAAUAUCUUUCAGGUUGUAAAACUAUUAAAUGGUUUUACUAGAGUAAAUGUCUAAUAAAAACUGGUUUGUUGCUUCAACAAGACGAGAUGUUUAUUCUGUUUCUUCAGCUUUAAGUUUAUAACUGUUUGUGAUAAACUGGUUUAUUUUGUGAAGUUUAAUUUUUAUUUUUCAAAAUAAUAUGAAUAUGACAUUUUGUUUUUUUUUUCUGGUUAGUCACAAUAAAACAGUAAAGUUUUGACAUGAUAGUCAUUGGAUUGAUGAACAAAAGUAUUGAGGGAAAUGUGUGUUUUUUUCAUGUGUUUCAUAUUUUAUUUUUGUUUUGCUCAAAGUUAUAACAAAUUUCUAGAUGUGAAAAUUGUGCAGAAGUUAUUGUCAACAUUUAUGUCAAAUAUUUUACUUUUCCUCAGUUGUGGUGAAAACUGAUGUCAGUUUAUGAAUUUAAUUUUCACAAAUAAAACAAGUUCUUUGAAAUGAAAUGAUGAAAUUAUAGUCUAAAGUUAAAUGUGUGAAGAUGCUCCUUUUGUUUCAUUAUUCAGGUGUUUGUGUGGAUUUAUUAUUGAUGAAUCUAAAGUUAGUGAUCAUCCAUUUAUAUGUCUGAGAGAUUAAAAUGUUUUAUGAUGUGUAAACAUGCAGGACGGGAGCCUGUGAGGUCCAAAUCAGGUCCCAGCCUCUGUAACAAACAUCUACUGUAUAUGAAACAGAUCCAUGAUCCAUAAAAAUAAUCCACACCUGGUUUCAUUCUACAUAGUGACAGUUUGUCAAAAAUGAACAAACAAAAUAGUUUUUAUAAAAGUUACACAUCUAGUUGGAAAAGUUCUGCUUUGUUCACAAUUCAAGGCUCAAAAACUCCAAACAGAUUCAGGAAAUUGAAGCUUCAGUCUCUACAGGUUUUCCUUCAGGUUUGAACUUGAUGCCAGUGAGUCAAGUUGAUUCAUGCUGAUCCAAAUCACAAUGCAGGGCUGCAGUCUCUGCUGCAAUCUCUGCUUCAGUCUCUGCUCUUAUCUGCACUCUGCAUCUCAGGAAACAUUUCAUUCCUGAGGAUCUGCUCCAACAUGUCUGCUCAAACGUUCAGUUUUCAUGUUGGUUCAGUUCUCCUCGUGUUGCAGCUGCUCAGUCGGGUAACAUGAAGAUAAAAUUAAUGCGUUCUCUGACUUUCCUGGUUUUCAUGAGUUUCUGGAAAAUAUCUCUACCUACAGAUGCAGAGGUUUCCUGUGUCGUCAAGCAGAGCUGCAUCUUACCCUGCAGCUUCCAGAGCCUCGGUGAACCCAUCCUCCACUGGACUCAGCUGAAAUCACCAGAGCUGAGAGUCCAUUCGUUUUAUAGCAACCAGGACCAGCUGGGUCACCAGGACCAGAACUUCAGAGGCAGAACGUCUCUGUUCCUGGAUCAGGUCUCCAGAGGAAACGCCUCCCUGCUGCUGAGAGAUGUUCAGCUUCAGGAUGAGGGGAGAUACAACUGCUACAUCAGCACCACUGAAGGAUAUAAAGGUUUAAUAAUAAGACUGAAUGUGGACGCUCCAGUCUCUGACAUCAGGAUCCAUCAGGAUGGAAACAGGAUCACCUGCAGCUCAGAGGGGAUCUACCCUCAACCUGAACUCACCUGGUCCACUGAGCCUCCAUCCAACAUGGCUCUGCAGAACAGAACCACAGUCCAUCAGACUGAGGAGAAGCUUUAUGACAUCAGCAGCUCUCUGACGGGUCCAGAUGGUCCAGAUCUGACCUACAGCUGCAGCAUCAGAACCAGGAGGAACCAGAGGAGAGCAACGUUCAGGGAACUAUCACCGGUUACCGUGACGACAGAUGAAACGUUGCUUCCCUGCUCGGGGCUGAACGGUUCAGAGACGACUGUAGUUUGGAGGUUCAACCAUCAGACGGUCCUGAAUCAGACGGGAAGGAGCCGCUCCGUGUCAGAGAGGUGGAGGAAACAUGUGAAGGAUGUUUCAGAGCGUGGAGACCUCAGUCUGCAGGGACUCGACCCUGAUCUGGAGGGAAACUACAGCUGUGAGAGCAGCGACGAAGACGAAACCAUGGUGACCCAGAUCACCGUGAAGAGAGGCGAUAAAUCAUCCUGGAUGGUUUGGUUGGUGAUUGGGAUCAUUUUGAUCAUAGUGACAUUUUCUCUGCUGCUGUGUUUCUGCUGGAAAAGAAGAAAAGGAAGCAGAGAGACGAAGGUUCUGACAUGUUGUUCUGCUGAUGAGCCCAGUGGACCUCAGGUUUCCCUGGGUNAGAGGAAACAGCCGCCCACUAACAGCUAAAGUCUGUAAAUACUGGAGAUUCAUGUUAAAAUGGUUAUUAAAUUGUUUUAGGGUUUUUGGAGGCUUUUUUAAUCUUCUAUUUGUUUUAGGAUGAACAUGUUCAGACAGAUUCAGGCAUGUUAGCAGCUGUUUCUACUUUCCUCCAUCAGUGUUAUAAAAAUGUUGCUUUCCUUUUCGUUCAGGACUUUUUUAAAUUCGUUACCAGAACAACAAACUGUUACAAUCUUCUUUCUGAAGGCCUCAGAUGACAGAAAAUCAUAAAACAUUCAUUCCUUUGUGUUAAUGUGUGACUGAACUGGCAACCUUUCAAAACUAAUUUCAAUAUUUAAUUUCUAAUGACUGUAUAUAUUUAUUUUAUUUAUCUUUAAAUAUGUUUGUACAGUUGAAUACAAUCUAAAGUUUAAGGGUGAUGUCAAUAAUUACAACGUUAUGACUCCUCUAAGACACACAGUGAUGAAGAAAACUGUUAAAAAUAAAUGGCUGAAGAAUAAAUUUUGGGAAUGUUUUUCUUUGGACACUUCCUUAAACUUAAAAUAAUACAGUAGAUGUAACUCAGACAGAUUGUACUGGAUCUGGAAGAUGAUCUCUAACUGAGCUGCUCUGAAGAAAGCUUUGAAAAUUUAUUUAUUUUCUUUUUUCGGAGGGAAACUUUAAGUAAACUCACGAGAGUAAAUUCAUGGCAAAUCCUCCAUGAUGAGUUUUACUUCAGAUCAAUGAAGGAGAGAAAGCAGAUAAAUUUGAUGAAGACAAACUGACUGAUGAGGCCAUUAGUGAUGUUUUACUGUCUGAACAUGUCAUCUUAUUGUUUGCAGCAUCUUAUCUGUUGUUGUGACUUUUGAAUAAAAUG